UUCAAUUACCCGGAUAAAGAUUAGUUAUAUAUAAUGGACAAUUGUAGGCGGGUGUUGUAGUUCAAACUAACAGUCAGUACCAGGCUAUUCCAUUUUGUGCUGCAGAGGCAGAAAUUAUUUGUGCAUUUUAAAUAUGGCUGGCGGUAAAGCGGGUAAAGACUCGGGGAAGACCAAGACGAAGGCUAUUUCGCGCUCGCAGAGAGCAGGGCUGCAGUUCCCAGUGGGUCGUAUCCACAGACAUCUCAAGUCGAGAACCACGAGCCACGGGAGAGUGGGAGCCACUGCAGCGGUGUACAGCGCGGCUAUUCUUGAAUACCUCACUGCCGAGGUUUUGGAGUUGGCCGGAAAUGCAUCAAAGGAUCUUAAGGUGAAGCGCAUAACCCCACGCCACUUGCAGCUAGCCAUUAGAGGAGAUGAAGAGCUGGAUUCACUCAUCAAGGCCACUAUUGCUGGUGGAGGUGUGAUCCCUCACAUCCACAAGUCUCUGAUUGGAAAGAAGGGCCAGCAGAAGACCGUAUAACCUGAAGUGCUCUGAAAGUCGUGCCAUCUCAGGACGAAGUCUGCAUCAAGUGGUUAAAUGUCUUAGAUUAGAACACCUUUUUAGUUAUUUGUAUGGUCGAGCUUGCAUUUACUCACCUGGGGUAUUUUUUAAAAGUGGCUUCAGAGAAGCUCAUUUUUUGUGUUUUGGCUUUUUUUUUUUUUUUUUU